AGUAGCACGAGAGAUGUUUACUGCUAACGAGCUCGUGUUACAUGAUUACAACAACCCGGUUAGACAAGACAAGAUACUGCAGAUAUCUAAUGUUGCCUUACCGCUUUGCUUUACAAUCGGUGCACAGCCGUCAACCAAGGGUGAAGUAGCUAGUGUUUGUGGCGGAGUGAAGGAGACACGGAGGAGUCGAGCAGGCUGGCAGAGUGCGUCAGAUCCUCACGUCCGAUACGUAGGGUGUUGGAAAUAUGUCACGUCUCGUCGUUGCUGGUGUUGUGGCAGCACGCAUGCUCGCGGUUUGUUUGACAAUGUCGUCAUUUUUUGCAUAUAUCAUUUAACAUUGACGCCUUUUAUUGUUUUAUGUGAUUUGUGAUAACAUUAGUUCGUAAAGUGCAAGGAAGUUGCAUUGACUACUCAGCGUUGACUGACUGCGUGCUGCCCCGGUGAUUUAAACCGAGUGAACCUUACAUUUCCCGUGAAACUUUUUUUCGUGAUUCAGUUCAGUCCGCUGUUUCAUUAACUAUAUUGCUGAGCAUCUCUGCACCGUCUCACCGGGGUCCAGGAAACGGAUGAGACCGUGCGAAUGGAGAUGGACGAUAAUGACCUACAGAGCUCUUGCUGUGACACAAGAUGGUCACAGCAACUGUCGGGCCUUCCUCGCAAGCUCCUGCGGCGCCUGAUGCCUUUCCAAAGGGAGGGAGUGGAGUUUGCUCUAUCCAGGAACGGACGAUGUAUGAUUGCUGAUGAGAUGGGUCUUGGGAAGACGGUGCAGGCCAUCGCCGUGGCGUACGCCUUCCGCCAGGAGUGGCCCCUCCUGGUGGUGGUGCCCUCAUCCCUGAAGUAUCCCUGGAUAGAGGAGCUGGAGCGGUGGAUCCCCGAGCUGCAGCCUGGAGACAUCAACCUGGUGGAGAACAAGAGCGACACAAUGGCUAUCAGCAGCAGUAAGGUGACGGUCCUGGGCUACGGCCUGCUCACCACGGACGCGCGCCCCCUGGUGGAGGCUCUGAGCAGGCAGCGGUUCGCCGUGGUCGUGGUGGACGAGUCGCACUACCUCAAAUCCAGGAACGCGGCGCGGACCAAGAUCCUGGUGCCCCUCAUUCAGGCCGCCAAGCGGGCCAUCCUUCUCACCGGCACCCCGGCCCUGGGUCGGCCUGAAGAGCUUUUCAUGCAGAUUGAUGCCCUCUACCCCAAGAGGCUCGGAACCUGGACUGACUAUGCCAAGAAAUACUGCAACGCCCAUUACAGGUACUUCGGGUCUCGCAGGCAGUGGGACUGUCGCGGGGCGUCCAACCUGGAUGAGCUGCACCGGCGGCUGAGCGAGAUCAUGAUCCGCCGUCUCAAGGCCGAGGUGCUCAAGCAGCUGCCCCCCAAAGUCCGCCAGCGGAUCCCCUUCGACCUGCCUAAGGAGGCCGCAAAGGAGGCCUUGGCCAGCUUCGCCGAGUAUGAGAGACUGAUGAAGGGGCUGGGGUCGGGGGGCGGUGCCACGGACAACCCCUUCACUCAGGUCAUGGGCCUGGUCACACAGAUGUACAAGCAAACAGCCAUCGCCAAGGCGGGAGCUGUGAAGGACUACAUUAAGAUGAUGCUGGAGGCGGAGCAGCUGAAGUUCCUGGUGUUCGCCCACCACCUCACCAUGCUGCAGGCCUGCACCGAGGCCGCCGUUGAGGCCAAGGCCGGUUACAUCCGCAUCGACGGCAGCGUGCCGUCCUCCGAGCGAAUCCAGCUGGUCCACAAGUUCCAGAGUGACCCGGAGACGCGGGUGGCCAUCCUCAGCAUCCAGGCAGCCGGUCAGGGUUUGACCUUCACCGCAGCGAGCCACGUGGUGUUCGCCGAGCUGUACUGGAACCCCGGCCACAUCAAGCAGGCGGAGGAUCGGGCCCACCGCAUCGGACAGACGGCCUCGGUCAACGUGCACUACCUCAUCGCCAAGGGCACCUUCGACACCGUCAUGUGGGCCAUGCUCAACAGGAAGGAAACGGUGACCGGCAGCACCCUGAACGGCAGGAAGGGGUACCUGAAGGCCGACGAGGGCGACCGGGACAAGUGGGAGUUCCUCAACUUCGCCGAUGCGUGGACGCCGAGCAACAUGGUGCUGCCGGUGGAGGGGAACACGGCAGAUGCCAAAGACGACGUGUUCUUCACUCAUUUUGAGAAAGAGAAGCAGCACGACAUCCGUACCUUCUUCUCGCCUGGCGGCAGCAAGGAGAGGAAGAGAAAGAGAAGGGAAGAUGAGGAAACCUCUCCCUCCGUCUCCUCAGAGAGUGGGACAAACUCUGAAAAGAGAGAGGACAAAGGAGAAGAGUCCUGGUCCCAGACCUCGCUCUCAUCCGACCAGGACUUCUCCCCGCAGCAGAAGAGGCCCAGCCUGAGGGCGGAGCCCCGCCCUCCCGCUGAGAGGUGGAGCUGCGGGGCCUGCACCUACUCCAACAGCAGCCUGCUGCCGUACUGUGAGAUGUGCGAGUUCCCGCACUCUCCCUCCGCCGGCGUCCGCUCAGAGCCACCCGGGCCCCAGCAACCCCCCGCGACCCAACGGGGCCAGGCGUGCGUAGUCCUCUCCGGCUCCGACAGCGAGCCGGAGCUCAGCCGGGGAAAAGGCCGGAGUCCAAAACCACGCCAAGACAAACAGAGAGAGGAGGAGGAGGAUGAAGGCAAACAGAAACUGGGAGAAGCAGAGGAGGAGGACAAGCAGCAGCUCAAAGAACAGAGAGCUGCGGCGUCUCCGUCCACCGAUGCUGAUGAUGACGACGCCAGCGGCGCCGGCCCCGCCUACCUGGGCCUGCAGUUCUGUGCCAGCCAGUACACAGACCGGAUAUAUCUGUACUCCAAGGAUGGGACUCCGUUGAACCUGAGCUUCGUCCCCCUGGACAUCAAGCUAACCAACUGGGACGAGCUGCCCGAGGCCUUCCGCCAGUGCCGGGAAAAUCGAACGCAGGUGCUGAGGUUCGUUCAGGAGUGGAGCAGCCUGGCCGCCAUGAAGCAGAAGCUGCUUCGACGCGGCGGCCUCCUCUUCCACAGCCCCACUCUGGGCCUGCAGCAGCUGGCCGCCGCCCAGCGCCCUCACUCCAGCACCAAGAGGUACCUCAGCAAGGACGAGGUGGCCCGGGCCUCCCUGAGCAAGGCCCAGCAGGAGGGAGGCAGCGUCCGCCUGGUCACCAAGGAAAACUUCUUCGCAAAGAGGAGGUCCGCCGCUCCGCUGACGCCACCUGCUUCGGAGAGCCGGGAUGGGGAGUCCUCCAAGACGGAGGAGGAGGAGGAGCAGCAGCAGCAGCCGUCAGAGUCCGGCUUCCUGCAGGCAGUGGACAGUGAGGGUGUCCCUCUGUGUCUGUCCUGCCAGCAGGCCUGCUCCACCACCGGCGGGGCCUGGGACACUCGGUUCUGCAGCCACAGAUAUUUUAAUGGAGGAGAGAUGGAGUCCAUUGGCUGUGCGUUCUGAGGAAACACCAACCUUCAGUAUCAGAAACGCACACAUCCUCUUGAUGUGAGCUACAUAACGUACAUAAGCCAUCUCUUGUCUGUGUGUUUGUGUAGGUGCAAAAAUAAAAGCGCCCUGUACUCUUCUUUCAACCCACCUACACACACACACACACACACACACACACACACAGGUUGAUCUUCCCUCCGAAGGGCCAGCGCCCAGUAAAUGGAUUGCUGGGCCCAUUGAUUUUUAUUUUUUAUUUUUUCCAGUACCAGGCCUCGACCAGUAAGCCUGUUUGAUUUGGUUGGCUGUUAUUCUGCAAAGCCAGCCCCCCCCCCCUCGUCUCCUCACACACACACACACUCCCUCCCUGUGCCGCCGGCAGCUGCAGGAGCGCCGAUCGAUGCGCCGAGCUUUAGAGGAAACAAACUCAGCCACAUGAUAAGACGGCGCAGCGGUGGAGGAGCCUCCAGAUUAUCGGCUCAUUCUUUGGUUCAUACCGGGGGUUCUGGUGUGUGUGUGUGUGUGUGUGUGUGUGUGUGUGUGUGUACAUAUGUGUGUAGGUCUUUAUGUGUACCAUGGGGUCUGUCUCGGUGUGUGCGUGCGAGUAUGUGUAUGUCAGAAUUUUGCCAUGUGUGUAAGGCCUUUAGGUGCCUGUCAGCAGUAUUUAGUUGUGUGUGAGUGUGUAGUAGUGAGGUCUGGUGUUGCAAGGUGCAUGGUUUUGGCACAAAAGCAGGUCCAAUUGACUGGGGAGAGAGAAAGAGAGAGUGUGUGUGCGCGUGUGUGUGUGUGUGUAAGAGACGUGAACUGUGCCCCCGUGAGCAGGCCUGUUCUUCAAAUCUGUUGGGAUCAAUUCCAGCUCGCUGCCUUAAUGUCGGCAGAGUAGCACUCAAAGCAGGAAAAUGGAUUUUUCGCCCUGAACUCUUCCCAUCAGGCUUCUCUCUCUUUCUAAUUCUAAAAAGUCAUCUUUUGCUUCUCCGCUUCCUUACUCUCACACUCACUCUGUGUUCCUUUCUUUUAUUGUCAAAUACGUUUUCUGUUGUUUUUCUCUUUUGGUCUGUUUCUUUUCAGAAUAAAAUAAAAACAAGCAAACAACAUUUUUUUUGGUCCCAGAGUUUUCUCACUGCUAUACGAUAGACACUGUUGUGUCUGCCUGCGUAUGAUUAGUAUAGAUUUAAUGAGUGAAUCGGAAUAUAUGGCUUUAUUUAGAUUUCAUAUGUCCUCAGUAAUCUAUUUAGGUCAACGAGACAUUUGUGCUGAAACACUUUGCUCAGCAAUAACCAUGGGAAGUCACAUAUAACAAUUUCCUAGCAUUUUAAACAUUAUGCUGACCAAAUGACUUAUCAAUUAAUAAAAAUCGAACAAAAAUUUGAGAUUAAUUGAUAAUUUAAAAAAAAUACUCAAUAGUUGCUCCCUUAACUGACCUCAUGACAGGUUAUGCUAACAGUCUACAGCCAUGCUAGCAGCUCUGUUUGGCUGUAUUAGCUAAAUCCAAAUGUCAGCAUGCUAACAAGCUCACCGGGACAACGUCAAGGUGCUGAUGUUCAACUGUUACGUUCACCAUUUACACCAUAUUGGUUUGGCGUGUUAGCAUGCUGACAUGAGCAAAAUAACAAUGCUUGUAUGCUAAUGUUUAGCAGGUGACGUUUCUCAUGUUCGUCCCAGCAUGCUAACAUGUGGUAAUUAGCACUAAGCGCGCUGCCUCGGGGGUCAGGUGAAGUAAGGUUGUAUUUUAAAUGGACAACUUCAUUAGAAGUACAGUCAAAUAUGAAAAUACUACAAUAUACACUACAUCUUUGCUAACAUCUUUUACUAAUAUGCGUUAGCAGGUAAUACUAACCGUGUUCAUCAUCUUAGUUUAGCGUGUUAGCAUGCUAACCUUUCCCCAAUAUUGGUAAUGACACUGGUUUCUUGGUUUUCACAGGACAGUGAUGCUGUGGUAUUUACGUGUAUUAUUGAAUACCAGUUAUUACAAAGCCAGUACUAGCUUAAAACAUUCGUACCAUGUUAUUACCCUGUGGUUUAUUUAACCUCAUUGCUGUGUCUUUAUCAGGCAGACUUACAUGUGCAUGGACUGCCCUUUAUGUAGGCCGAUAACAUUGUGCUGGUUUAUAUAGCCGUCGCUGAGUUAUCCUAGGUGACGGAUAAUAGAGGGUCAAAGUUCACCGUCACCGAUUUGGAGCAAAUUAUUGUAAUCACACUUGAAACCAUACAGGCUUACGUUAACCUCGGCAUUUUCAACCUUUAAACCUUCCUUUCAUUAUUUCCUGUUGUAGAUUUCCACCACUUAUGUGCCUCCCUGUCAUGUGUGCUCCUCAAGAUGUAUUUGUUUCUAUCCUCUUUUAUUCGAAGCGCAUUGCAGAAGUGCCCCUGCGGUGCAGAGAUUUGUUUAGCACGAACGCCUCCGCGCGCUCGUGUGUGUGCGGUGGGAUGCGCAUGCGGAAAAAUAACAAUUUAGGUCACUUUAGCACUCGGAGAAAGACUUGAGCUUCGCUAAAGACAUCACAUCGGUUUAAAAAAAAAAAAAGAAUUCCGGAGUAGAUGGAUGGUGUGGGAGGGCGGCGCAAUCACAGCUUGAUAUUUUUUUUUGUUGGUAAUUUAGAGCGGUGCGAGGAAAAAAAUCAAGCCCGGCACACUGAGACGCUCACUGUUUCUUUCUGUGUGUGU